GAAACGGUCGCAGUAGAUUUUGUAUCUACAUCCAGGUGGGGGGAAAAGCCUACUCUACCUAUUAUGUCUGUUUGUCUUUACUUCAGCAUUUGUAAAGAAGACUAAACGUCUACAUUGGGAAUGGAGGGUGGAACUGGCGUGUUCUACCAGGUUAUGCCAGCAGUAGGACCAGAUGGAAAAAAUGUAAUGAAACUGAUUCCUGUUCAAAAAGUCAAUGGACAGUUCAUUCCUAUGCAGACAACCUCAAGCAAAACUGAUGGUCUAGGAGCUCAAACUGUAAUUCCUCAGCCGGUCCGCAUCAUGCCCCCAUCUGUUUCACACAACAAGAUACCGGUUGUUGAACCUACAGUGGAUGGACAAUUUAUUUUAAAAGGACCAACUAACACAAAUAUCAGGUUAAUUAAGAGUCAACAACCGGUCAACUCACCAAAGGUGUUGGUGGGGAAAGUGCGUUUGCCGAUUAUCACGCCCAAAACGACUCAAAGUCUGGUGUCUUUGCCUGUGAAUAUCAGUGGAUCAGCGGUAGCAUGUCCGAAUAUUACACAGUUACCGGUGACAGUCAGUUCACCGAGACUGCCAAGUGGGCAUUACCUCCAGAUCCCUCCUGAUGCUAAAGUUCAAACUCUACCAGCAUCUGCACUCCCUCAGUCCAUAAAGAAGCGAAUAUUGAACUUGCCAUAUGACACUGCUUCAACAGAGAAGCCUUCCACAGUUGUAUAUGUUUCACCAGUCAAUUCAAUGAAAAUUGUCACUUCCCAGCUUAAAGACUCUGCCCCACCUAUGACACAAAACAUCAGUCCAACAGUAGGUGUUUCUAACAAGGAAGGCUCAACAUACUCUCUGUCGGGCCUGGUUCAAAGUCCAACGCUUUCAGCCAGUGACAGUGUCAUGAAGUGGGUGGUUCAGCAAGGAGAUGGCUCAAGUUCACCAUGUCUUGUACCGGCAUCCCCAACUUGCAUGACUUCAGAGAUUUUGAAGGCUGUGGCACAUAUGGAAAAAAAGAUCUCGCUCACAUCAAACCUGUCAUCUUCUCAAGAGAGUCAGAAGAUGAUAAGCCCUAGUAAAGACAAUGCUCUGGUCAUGUGCAAUGGUAAAGUUUAUUUUGUGACCAAGAGAGAUUCGGGGCUCUGUGUGUCUGCAAGUCACGCUACAGCCAAGGAGGGUUCAAGUUCGAGAAAACCGACCGAAUCUCCCAGUUCCUCCUCAGGAUCACAUAAAAGUGUCACUAAACAGGACCCUCAGCCCAUUUGUAUAGGUGAUGAUUCAGAUGAGAUCAUUGAUCUUUGUGAUGAUGAUCCCCAGACGUAUGGGACCUCUGGGACUGGUGUGAAGGACAGAGCGGGAGUGACGACGACGGAGGAGGAGGAUGACUCCAACGUCAUUUUUGUGUCCUACAUUCCACCCCAAACAAGUGUCAAAAGCAAUGCAAAGGAUGCAUCUAGUGUAACAUGUGGGGUCCAAUCGGAUGAACCUAUGCUUGUGCAGAAUAAUAGCGAACUAACUAAACAGAUCAGCAGUGAACAUGAAAACUGUGCCAGUGGCAAGCAGACAGAAACGUGUCAGGACAUGAUCAAUGCUGAGCCUGUUUCCGAGAUACAAACCAGGGUUGAUUUGACCACUGAGGAACAACGUCUUGACGAGCAAGAAUUAGCAUCGCAAAAUGGGCAGAGCUUGGAAGAUGAAGAAGUACAUCUUCAGGCUUGUUUGAGCACUGUGACUGAGGACAGCACAGACAAUGUUCAGGCACAGAACAAUACUGCUCCAGAAGCCAGGACAGAUUCUGGGCUUGAUGGCGAAUUGGCACCUGCUGGAAUGGAAUCAAACUGCCGUCAGGGAAUCAAAGUAAUUAAAAAGGGACCCAGUGACAUUGAGGAUGCUGCGCAGAACACAGAAAAUACCAGCCAAGACACUUCAGAAGUGCAGAGUUUGAUCGUACCAGUUACCAACAUUUCCAUAAAGAAAGUGGACCGACCGAGCCAACAUGAAUGGGACUGCAAAAUGAGGCAACUCCAACUCUUUGGAAUCACAAAAGAAAUCAGAAUAAGUCUUAAAAGGAUUCACUCUGUAAAAAAAGACACACCCGCAGAGACCAGAUCUAUUAACAAGCGCACUUUAGAGGGAAUACGCAGACUGAUCCAGGGAUCUCAGAUGGAGAUUAAGGCAAAAAAACUAAUAGAAGCACAGGUUCACUUGGCAAAGGAUGCCAAACGAAGGAAAGUGGAGUCUUCAAGAGCUACAUCUGCGAAUACCAGCCAGUCUCAAGGCACUGACCAGCCUCACGUUUCACUCGAGGGUGGACUGUUUAAUAGUCUCCGGAGCAAGAUGAAUUCUCUCACCGCUGAUGCUGGAUUUUCUACAAUUGUCCCUGUGCUAAAUAUUGUGCCUUCUGCUAGUGUUGGUGGAGAGCCAGCCAUUGUGUCAGCUGGUGUGCUGGAAGGGAAGGUGUUCGAUGCAGACACCACAAAUGAUGCUGACAGACUCCCUUCCACUAAUGCAGACAGACUAGCCCAGGAGGAUUCAGCAGCCGGACCACAGGUGAACCCAGGUGAGUCACAGUCAUCUAUUGCUGAAACAUGCAGUAGCCAUAUUAGCAUCAGCAAACAAGCUGCAACAUCAGGAAAGAGUGACUUGCAACCAGAAGAGGUCUUAAAGAGAAGAGAAGAACCAUCACAACUGGGAGUGGAACCAUCUCACAGUGCCUGUGAGGACGGGAGGAGCACCACUAAGGUGCUUAAUGAAGAACUAUUCUCCACGGAGGCUAUGGAACCUGAGGAGAUAAAGCGUUGUGAAAAAAUAAAACGUUUGAAAGCACUUCUUAAGGAGAAAGAGGCUGCGCUUGAGAUGAUUAGGAGAAAAAUGAGCAUGUAAUUAUUGUCUGUUGUAGACUGGAUUUAGUCUAUCUUUGAAUUUAGAUUUGGAUGUGGUAAUAUCGAUUUUUUUAUUGUUUCUGUUGUAAAAAAAGGACUCAUUUUUUUCUUCAUGAAGAAUGUUAUUUAUAAAUCUUUCAUAUUUAUUGAAAUACUCUUUUUAAGUGUACAAUGAGUGGUCAUUAGACAGAACGGACAAAUUUCUCUUGAAGCAUGUAGCACAUUUUUUGCUUGAUUGACCAAGUGGAUUUAAUCUACUGAGAGAUGUUUUCUUUGGAUCGUUCAUUGAUUUGGGUUUGUUGAUGUCCGACAUUUUGACGGCUCUCCAUCUGACAAAUAAAUGCCUUUUGAAUA